AUGGAAUGCUCUAACAUCAUCUCACUGUCAACCAUUCACCCCAGAAAGCUCAAAGUUUGGGACUUGCACUCAGAGUUAUCAGUUGGUCCAAGCCAAAUCCAUACCCAGAGGCAGAGCAACUUUGAAGACUACGAUGUAAAGCUUCCUCUGCCUUCCCAUGUCAACUCCAUAACAAGCACCUCUAACCCAUUCGUGAAACACUGCCACAAGCUUCGACAGAGUUCAUCUUAUCGCCACAGUCAUGGUUCAGCUCUCGUUGUGGGUGCUACACCUAUCAGGGAAAUAUACAGGUUCCAAAGGUCAUCGCAAGAGAAACCUGUUAUAAUAGAUUGCUUGCUUCUACUUGAAAAAGCUGAGGUCCCUGAGUGGAUUGAUGAUUUCUCUGUUCGUAUUGUGGAAGUGAGCUCUGUUGUGAUGAAAAAACUUUCGGGGAUGCAAUCAACUGAAUCUAUUGAAGCAAUUGCCCUAAUGAGAAUGCCUACCAGUUUUUCAGAUAUAGAUUCUGAAGAAAAGGAGGUAAACUGUAAGACAUGGUUUCCAUCAAUCCAUCGAGUUCUAGUCCUUGAUGGUGUCCAGGAUCCGGGUAACCUUGGUACGCUGCUCAGAUCAGCUAUGGCUUUUGGAUGGAAUGGUGUUUUUCUUCUUCCUGGAUGCUGUGAUCCAUUCAAUGAGAAGGCACUUAGAGCUAGCCGAGGAGCCUCGUUUCAGCUCCCUAUUGUUUCUGGUACCUGGAAUCAUCUUGAAUCCCUGAAAAAUGAAUUCCAAAUAAAGAUGCUGGCUGGCCAUCCAGGGACCGAUGAAAAACUGAAGCCAGUGUCUCACCUUUCUCAAAAGCUUGCAGAUUCUUUUGCAGAUGUGCCGCUGAGCUUGGUUUUGGGCAGUGAAGGGAGUGGGCUGUCUGAGAAAUCUCAACGGCUAUGUGAGCUUGUAAGCAUUCCAAUGGCAGGAGAGUUUGAGUCACUCAAUGUUUCAGUUGCAGGUGGGAUUUUCUUGUAUGUGUUACAGCCUAAAAACCAUAAAUCUUUAAUGUGA